ACCAUUGCGCCUGUCUAGCCGAGAUGACCAACGACGCCGCUUUCCAAGGCCCUGUCGACCCCAUGACAGGUGUCCUUCGCGCCGACCAUGGAGAGCCAGAUGAAGACAAGCCACGCGACCACAGCGAAUUCGAGACAGACUUUACAGCUGCGUUCAGUAAACAAAAACCCCGUGAUGCGGACCCGGCUGUACUCCUCUCUUCGGCCGAAGACGCAAAGUUUCCCGAUUGUGGUUUUUGCGCAGACCAGCCAGAGUCUUGCAUAUGCAGAAGCUUGCGUUCGGAAGCUGCAGAUGCAACCUCAUCGCUGGCGCCCAGUUCAAAUGCCCCUCCUGCUGAGCCUGCCAAGUCAAAUGUGAUUGUAACCGGUCCCGGUUCCUGUGCUGAUUGUCAAGCGAACCCCGAGCAGCGCGCCUGGUGCCAAAGGGUUGCACAGCUUCGCAGCGAAGCGACACCGCCCAACUCUCGACGCAACUCUGCCAGGAGCGUCGUGCUAGGAACCAUGGAGCCCAAGGCCUCUACCAGUAUCGACAUGAGCAGCUCUGUGGGUCGCGGAGAUACUGUUGGCUGCAGUGAUGCUUUUAAGCUGCUUGUUGGGCGAGUAGACACGCAAAUGGAUUGGCGUCAACUGAAGCCUGUUCCUCCAACCUUUGCGCAGGAAGAUGCUCGAAAGAACACGUUCACUAUGGAGCCAGGCAUGUACAGUGCCAUGGAGCUGGAUGCUAGCAGUAUCCUCACUACUCUACAACAUGCUCCGGGUCCCAUUAAGCCUCGUCCUUCCGAUGGUACAUAUGCACGCUUGGUUCAAGAAGCAGAAGAGCGACGCCGAAAGUCUUCCACUCCCAUGAAGAAGUCCGAUGAUCAUCCUAUGCUGGAUUGUGACAAGAACUAGCUUCACAUUUUUUCUAUCUUUGAUUCCAACGACCAUCAUUUUACCAUGUUUUAUCGGCAUCGGUCGUUGCAGAGUCAUCAUCAUGAUUGACUGUAUAUCCCAUGUGAGAGGAUUAGCAGUCGCAAAAAAAAAAGAUUACGAAUCACGGCAGGGCGGUCAUUUUACUGUUUUUCGUUUCCACUACUUGGUUUUGCUACAACACUGGUCAGACUAUAAUGAUCAUAGGAUAGACUAAUAGGAGAAUACAUCUCUCCACGUAUUACGUGCCAAAUUUACCUUAAUCCUCCU